CACAAUAAUGAAAAGUAUCCACGCACUCUAUGAAACAGAAAAGGGGAAAAAAGAGGCGGCUUUAGCUCAAGCGGAAUAUGUCGCCCUGACAGGAGACCACUGGACGUCAGUGAGUAACACAAAUUACUUGGGAGUAACUGCACAUUUAAUAACUAAAGCAUGGGAAUUGCAGUCCUUUGCGCUAACUAUAAUGAAAACGGAAGAACGCCACUUUGCAGAGGCAUGUGCAGAACAGUUUCAAACUGUGGCAUGCAAGUGGGAAAUUGAAAGAAAAGUUACAACCAUUGGGACUGACAGUGCACGCAAUAUGAUUGCUGCGGCUCGUAUUCUACCAUACGAGCAUAUGCCCUGUAUCGCGCACGUCAUACAGAGAAGCAUCACUGUGAGUCUCGCUGACAGCGGAUUUGUUCCUGCAUUAGCCAAGUGUCGCAAGAUUGUGGGACAUUUUAAACACAGCCCGGCAAACGUAACGGAGCUGAAUGCAGAGCAGGUGAAACUCGGACAGCAGCAGGAGCCACUGAUCCAAGACGUUCCAACGCGGUGGAAUUCCACACUUGAAAUGGUCAAACGCAUCAUCCCCAAUCAAGCAGCAAUAAAAGCAACCCUGGAUCAACAGCAGCAUAAUCUCGUCAUGCUGACGCCAGCAGAAUGGGAUAAACUCCAGAGACUGGAGACCCUUCUAGAGCCCUGCCGGUAUGUGACUCAGAUCCUGGGUGGGGAGGCCUACGUCUCCUGCUCAGUGGUACUACCUGCCCUCUGCCACUUACACCGUGUAAUGGAAACUUCUGAUGAGGACCCUGCAUACAUGAUUAGAUUUAAGACCAAAUUCAAAGACGACCUAGGCUCCCGCCAAGAACACACCAACAAUGCAUGGCUCAAGAUUGCAACCGCACUGGACCCACGUUUUAAGGACUUGAAAAGUGUGCCCAAGGCAGACAGAGAGGAGGUGUGGACCAAACUUGGAGGCCUUCUGCGUGAAUCACCUGGAAGACCUUCACACACUACUGAAGAUGGGCCACCCAAGAAGAAAAUGAACCUUCUUCUACAGCUGGGCUCAGAUUCAGAAUCAGAUGAAGAGGUACAGCCUGACAGAGCCUUACACAGGUACAGAGCAGAGCCCACCAUUGAAAUGACGGACUGUCCCUUGCAGUGGUGGUCAUCUCAUGCAGGAGCCCAUGACAAGCUGGCUCCGUUGGCUCGGAAAUAUCUAGCCACUCCUGCAUCCUCAGUUCCCUGUGAAAGACUCUUCUCACUUGCCGGUCACAUUGUGCAAAAGAAGCGGUCAGCUUUACUCUCAGAAAAUGUGGACAAAUUGCCUCACGCCGCCGUUUUCUAUUGGCUGAUGCCGCUCCAUUGA